AUGAAUUUUACAAAACCACCGUUACCCUUCUUUGGAAAUAAGAGUAGAUGUAAAGAUAUUCUAUUGAGAGAACUUAAGAAACUACCGAAUGGUCUAACAUUUGUAGAUUUGUUCGGUGGAAGUUUCUAUAUAUCUCAUUUGUGCCAUACUGUAUUUCCUGACUCAAAGAUUAUAUGCAAUGACUUCGACAACUAUAUGAACCGUCUCAAACAUAUACCAGACACAAACAAAAUAUUGAAAGAGUUAAAAGAAAAGAUACCUAUAGGUAAGAUGGAACGUAUACCAUUAGAUAAGAAAAAUACUGUCAGAGAGGUUUUGAAAAAGGCAGAGUAUAUUGACUGGGAUAGUAUAUCUGCUAGACUAUUAUAUAGUGGUGCUAUAAGAGUUCAUGACAUUGAAACACUUAUGUCAAAAGUUUUAUAUCUUAACUAUACAAAGGUUUUCAAAGAGGACAUAGAAAAAUAUACUGAGGGUAUAGAGUUUGUGAGAUGUCGUUGGACAGAGUUGUAUGAAAAAUAUAAAAACAAGGAAAAUGUUUUCUUUAUAGUAGACCCGCCGUUCUUUAACACAUACGAUUUUCAAUACCAAGCAGACUGGACUUUGAGAGACUCUUUAGAAACUUUAGACGUUUUACAUAACUGUCCAUGCUUUUACUUUACAUCCGAUAAAAGUGGUUUGGAAAGUGUCAUGAGAUGGUUAGAGGACAUACAUGACUAUGAGUUUAUAUAUGACAAGAUAGAAUAUGAGAGAGGUCCUAUAAACCGGAAAAAGUGUCAUAACAAAGAAAUUUUAUUGGUAAGUAAAUGUGGUUUGAAAUAG